AUGCAUACCCGGCAGAAACGCGUCAACUACCGAGUUCUGAAUGACGAAAGUGAUAAAGAGUCUUUGCCCGAGGAUCAAAUCGACCAAUCGAGCAAACCAAGCAGACCACCGAGCAACCUCACCCCUAUUCUCCCAGCCAGUCAAGAAGACGUGGACGUCCUCGCCAACACACUAGAUUGCGAGCUCCUACCUUCCGAGUCUGUGUCACAAGUGCUAGGAUCCCAAGAGGGCUCGACGGAUGCUAUAACUUCAAUCACAAGCUAUGUAUCCUCUCAGUACACCAAACGACCAGCGCCUGCUACUGAGUGGAUCUGGGGUUAUUUCGAGACCACAGCCAUUGAUCGUCCAUGGGUUAUCAAGAGGACUAGCAAGAGGAGGCUGGUCGAUCGAGAGAUUCGCUGUACGCACGUAGACGAGAAAUCGGGAACCCGCUGUGACUGGCAAACGUCAGAUUCCCAGAGGCAAAAUACAACCAGCAACAUGAAAACCCACUUGGCAAAGCAUGGCAUUUACUGUCCGGCCUCCAGUAUACAGCCAGCGAAGAAGGAACAAGACAUUCGGAGUUUCAUAGGUGGUAGACAGAGUCUCACCCAUCAGGAGGUCCUGGAAAGGAAUGCUAUUCGCUGGAUCGUGACUGAUAUGAAAGCCUUCACCACUGUCGAGUCUCCAGAGUUUCAGCAAAUGUUCCGAGAUAUCCCUGGGAUUGACCCUCCCUUCACAUCUCGCCACACCUUGCGGGAUCGAAUUAUGCAGGAGUUCUCCAUACAACGCACUAAGCUGAAGAGCGAGCUCACUUUGACUUGCAAAACCAUAUCCUUGUCGCUAGAUGUCUGGACAAGCCAGAAUCAACUUCCUAUUUUAGGGAUAAUUGGUCAUUGGCUGACUGACGAAUUUGAGUACCGCGAGAGAUUGCUAGAGUUCGCCGAACUUGAUUGCGAAUAUGCAGGAAACAAAAGACUCGGUAUACGCAUCAUUAUUCCGUGGAAAGUUCUUUGGCUUAACAGCCGUCGACCUUACAUCCCUACAGCCAGUAUCGCUGGCUAA